AUGGACAAGGUCAAGGAGGCUCUCCACCUCGGCAGCUCUGCCCAGCCGCCGUCGGACGCCGACCUUGCACAGCUCAGGGAGAGGUACGCGGCCGCCAAGCAGGAGCACGUCUUCACCUUCUACGACAAGCUGUCCGACGCCGAAAAGGCCGCGCUGUACAGCCAGCUCUCGAGCAUCGACCCGGCGGGCGUCAACGAGAAGACGGAGCGUGCCCUGAACCCCCCCAAGCCCGAGGGCGGCGACGGUCCGGACAGGCUGGAGCCCCUCCCCGAGUCGGCCAGCGCCAGCAUCCUCGACUCUGACCCGGCCGACAUCGACAGGUGGUACGCGGCCGGCCUGGACCUGAUCAGCCGCGGCAAGGUGGCCGUCGUGCUCAUGGCCGGCGGUCAGGGCACCCGGCUGGGCAGCUCGGACCCCAAGGGCUGCUUCGACAUCGGGCUGCCGUCCAAGAAGUCGCUCUUCCACAUCCAGGCCCAGCGCAUCCGCAAGGUGCAGAGCCUGGCGGCCAGCAGGAACCCGGGUGACAAGACGGGCGUGGUGCCGUGGUACGUCAUGACGAGCGGUCCCACGCGCGGCCCCACCGAGGCCUUCUUCGAGAAGAACGCCUACUUCGGGCUGGACAGGGCCAACGUGACCAUCUUCGAGCAGGGCGUGCUCCCCUGCAUCUCCAACGAGGGCAAGAUCAUCCUCGAGUCGCCCGGCAGGGUGGCAGUGGCCCCCGACGGCAACGGCGGCAUCUACAACGCCCUCGUGUCCUCGGGCGUCGUCGACGACAUGCGCCGCCGUGGCAUCCAGCACGUCCACGCCUACUGCGUCGACAACUGCCUGGUCAAGGUGGCCGACCCCGUCUUCAUCGGCUUCUCCGCCGCCAAGCAGGUCGACAUCGCCACAAAGGUCGUCCGCAAGCGCAGCGCCAACGAGUCCGUUGGCCUCAUCCUCUCGCGCAACGGCAAGCCCGACGUCGUCGAGUACUCCGAGAUCGACGCCGACACCGCCGAGGCCCGCGACCCCAAGCAGCCCGACGUCCUCAAGUUCCGCGCCGCCAACAUCGUCAACCACUACUACUCCUUCGCCUUCCUCGAGUCCAUCCCCCGGUGGGCCGCGAGCCUGCCCCACCACAUCGCCCGCAAGAAGAUCCCCUCGGUCGACCUGUCCACCGGGGAGACGGUCAAGCCCGAGAAGCCCAACGGCAUCAAGCUCGAGCAGUUCGUCUUUGACGUCUUCCCCAUGCUCUCCCUCGACAAGUUCGCCUGCCUCGAGGUCCGUCGCGAGGACGAGUUCUCACCCCUCAAGAACGCCCGCGGCACCGGCGAGGAUGACCCGGACACCAGCAAGGCCGACAUCACCGCCCAGGGUGAGCGUUGGGCCAAGGCUGCCGGCGCUACCGUCAUCAACGACGGUGGUGUCGAGGUCUCCCCUCUCAUCAGCUACGGCGGCGAGGGUAUGGAAAACCUCAAGGGCACCACCAUCGAAGCCCCUGCUCUCCUUGAGCUGGAGCAGUAA